AUGUCCACAUCUGAUGAGCAAUUGUUGAGAAGUAUUGGGAUUCCUGAACUUUUAGAUGCCGAUGAACGUCCUACGUUUAUAAUUGAUGCCGCCAAUAAAGACAACUUUAAUCCCGGCUCUGUUCUACAGAUCACUUUCGCAAAUUCUAGUUUGCGUGGAAGGGAUAAAUUACUGAAUAUGGUCACUGGGAAUAUAGAUUUGUAUAGUUCAGGGAUUUCCGUCAUUAAUGAUUUCCCAGCAUUCAAAUACUGGGCCUUGAGCUUCAUCAUAAAUGGAGAACCUCAAGAUAUAUCCCUUCCUCAAUACCACUACGCAGGCUUAUCAUGGACAUGUAAUACACUCCGAAAACGACUGCGGCUCAUAAGCGGAAAUUCCAGCGUUUCAACAACUAGAGCUUCCAUGAGUAUUCUUUCUAGUCCUUCUGUCUUAGAUGAAGAGGACUUCACUUGGAAUCAAAGUAAUAAAACCAGAUCUGGAAAAAAAGAAAUAUCUAGCAAAAAUCCAUCCAAACAGCCUAAAGAAGUAUUAAACUGUCCCAGAGAACUUGCUUUAUUGAAUGAUAUGUCUCAUGUUUCCACGUCUGGUCAGCCUCAAAGUGAUAAUGUUUCAAUACCUAGUAGCACUCUAACUUUACCAAUUGAAAACAAAAACUUCCUCUCGAAAACUGCUGGAGUGAGACAAGAUGCUAUCAAAAAUUCCCCAGAAAACCUAUCACUAGACUGGACUCGUCUCCCCACAACCACUGCGCUUCCUAGGCAUAUACAAUUCGUUCAAAGUAUUGAUUGGGCUGCUACUUCUCUUGGUCCUAUUGAGAAGUGGAGCUUAAAUCUUAGGGUAAUGUGUAAUCUGAUUAUGGCUUCUCCGCACCCUGCUGCAAUUUAUUGGGGUGACGAGCACAUCGUAAUUUAUAACGAGGCUUAUAUUAUUCUUGCUGGAAAGAAGCACCCCCAACUAAUGGGCCAAACCUACAAGCAGGCUUGGGGUGAAAUAUGGGGUGAAAUUGAAGGAGCUUUUUCAAUAGCUAAAAAUUCUGGACGACCCAUAAUGAAGGACGAUGAUUGCUUAUUCAUUCGACGUAACGGAUACUUGGAGGAAUCUUAUUUUUCCUGGUCAAUCAUUCCCAUAAUUGGUUCAGAUGGAUCAGUAGUUGGGCUCUAUAAUCCUGUAUUCGAUAAGACUAGACAGAAAAUUGUCGAACGUCGAAUGGCUUUGCUCAGAUUAGUUGGUGAACAAACUGCUUCUGCAAGAACUGUCAAGAGUUUUUGGGUCCACGUGGUCAACAGUCUCGAGGUAGAAGAGUAUGAUAUUCCUUUUGCAUUGUUGUACUCAGUUGGUGAUGAUUUGGACAGUGAUGUUUCUUCAACAAAUAACGGGCCACCUUCUCAGUUUUCCCAGUGCAUCCUAGAGGGAUCUUUAGGGAUCCCUGUAGGCCAUAGAGCUUUACGAAGCCCUUUAGAUUUUAAACACAGCAAUGAGACCUUCGCCCCAUCAUUCCGUCAAGCUAUGAAAGUCAAUAAUCCUAUAGUUUUGUCAACCGAAGAUAAAACCUUACCAAAAAGUCUUGUUGAAGGUUUAGCAUCACGCGGCUUUGGUGAUUUGUGCCGUAUAGCUGUCGUUUGUCCAAUACGACCUACAACUGGUGAAAUUACACUUGGAUUCUUGGUGAUGGGAAUUAAUUCCCGCCGUCCAUUUGAUGAUGACUAUAGCUUAUUCAUCCAACUUCUUAGUCGACAACUUGCCACAUCAAUGGCAUCAGUUGUACUUUUUGAGGAUGAAAUAAAAAGAGGCGAGAAGGCGGCUCGACUUGCAGCCUUGAAUCACCAAGAAUUAUCAAAUCAACUUUAUUUAAGAACACAAGAAGCUGUCGAGAGCGAAACAAAAUUUACAAGGAUGGCGGAGCUUGCUCCUGUUGGGAUGUUCAUUGCUAAUAAUAAGGGUGAAGUGACUUAUAACAAUGAAAUGUGGUGGGAGAUAUCGAGACACCCGAGAUCGGAGAAAAGUACGGCUAAAUGGAUGGAUAGUAUUCGCGAUGAAGAUCGCGAAAGCGUCGAAAAUUCCUGGAAAGAGUUGGUGGAAAAUAAGACCUCAUUGACAAUUGAAUUUAGAUUCAAAACUCCUUGGCAUACCCGAACCGGAGUUCAGGGUGAUACAUGGGUUCUCAUGAGCGCAUAUCCUGAAAGAAAUGACGAGGGCCAAUUAAAGAGCGUAUUUGGGAGCGUCACAAACAUAAGUCAACAGAAGUGGGCCGAGGACUUUCAGAAACGUAGAAUGGAGGAAGCUAUUGAAAUGAAAAGGCAGCAAGAAAAUUUCAUAGAUAUGACAUCUCAUGAAAUGAGAAAUCCUCUUUCGGCUAUCUUGCAAUGUAGUGAUGAGAUAGGCUCUUCUAUUAUGGCAUAUAAGUCAGAAAAAACGGUUGAAAACUUGCCUAAAGAUCUUGUUGAGUUACUAAAUAGCAACAUAGACGCCUCACAGACUAUUGCACUUUGUGCUCAGCACCAAAAACGGAUUGUAGAUGAUAUUCUUACCUUGUCCAAACUAGACUCUGCUCUUUUAAUGGUAACCCCAAUCUCUGUUCAGCCUGUAUCCGUUGUUCAACGGGCUCUCAAAAUGUUUGAGGGUGAAUUGAGUACUAAUGAUAUUACUCUAAAAUUCAGAUUGGAGGAUACAUACACCAAACUUGAUAUUGAUUGGGUAAAGCUAGAUCCUUCAAGGCUACUUCAGGUCUUAAUCAACCUAACUAGUAAUGCAAUAAAAUUUACUCGUGGUCAAGUAAAAAGAAUAAUCACCGUAAGCGUUGGUGCAAGCAAAGAACGAAUAGAUGAUGGAUACUUGAAUGUAGCGUACUUUCCGAGCCGUUCAAAGCUUAAAGACUUCGCUGUCGAUAAAUCUGAGUGGGGAGAGGGCGAAGAAGUUUUUCUUCACUUUGCAGUUGAGGAUACAGGCCGUGGACUCGAUGAUAAAGAAAAGAAACUGCUUUUCCAAAGAUUCUCUCAGGCAUCCCCACGUACACAUGUUCAAUACGGUGGCUCUGGACUUGGACUAUUUAUCUCAAGAGAGCUGACAGAACUGCAAGGAGGAGAGAUAGGUGUUAUUUCAGAACCAGGCAUUGGAUCUACUUUUGCAUUCUACAUAAAGUGCAGAAGAGCUGAAAAAGUUAGAUCAGAAGCUUUCUCCAAACUAACCAGCGGCUACUCGACACAAAUUAAAGAGACAUUCCGUGAAAAAGGAGAUAGUUCAACAAAAAUUCAAUUUCCUCUCUCCAUUAUGCCAAUUCGAGGGUCAAAUAUAAGAGGACAUUUUUUUAACGAAGAAUCACCAAAAUUAUUACCCAAAGGGUCUAUGGACUACACCAAUCAAAGAAUUUUGAUUGUAGAAGAUAAUCUAGUCAACCAACGUGUACUACAAAAGCAGCUUUCUAAAAAGGGGUUCAAAACCUCGUUGGCUAACCAUGGAGGCGAGGCUCUAGAGUUCCUCAAGACAACUAAAUUCUGGAAAGAAAAUGAGCAGGAUGGACUUGACCUUACAGUAAUAUUAAUGGAUCUCGAGAUGCCAUUUAUGGAUGGCCUGACAUGCUCAAGGCAUAUAAGAGAUGCUGAGGUAGAGGGCAAGAUUGUCGGGCAUGUCCCUAUAAUAGCUGUGACGGCCAAUGCAAGGCUGGAGCAGAUAGAGGCAGCUGUUGUAGCUGGUGUAGACGACGUCCAAUCAAAACCAUUCUUGAUUCAAGAUUUACUUCCAAAAAUUGAAAAAUAUUCAUCUAUAAAUCAACCAUCUAUUUCAAGAGUAGAUAAGAAACAACCUCAUUAA